AUGGUGAAGCCUCAGGGAAAGUCAAUUCCGAUUCAGAGAGAUAAACGCACACUCGAACAACGUCGGCACGAUUUGCUUCAUGAAUUAGAUAAAUCACAUGGAGGUAAGAAACCGAAGCAAGUGGUGCAUAGUGGUGGUAAUCAUGGAAAUCAACUGACUACUAAGCAAUGGUCUGAACAAUUGGAUCGUUGGAUUGACGAGACAAACAAAUGGUGGAGCCACGACUGGAACCGCGUUUGGCGGAAUAUGUUCUCUCUUGUGCCCGUGGAUGAUUUCGAUCUGGAUCCAGUUGGCACAUUCGGCGCGUUUGGCACCCCUUCAUACGUUCCAUCUAUCUUGGCACGAAUGGAUAGACAAAUGAAAACACUUCAACGUCAUUUAGAUCAAUUGAUUCCCGAUUAUCACCCAGAUCUGAAGGAGCGGGCUGAACGUGGUAGACACGGUGCCUUGUUGCCCAGAGGUGGAUGGGGUGAUGGUAUGCUGGACUAUUUGAGAGAUGCAUACGAACCCGGAGAAGAUGGAAAGCUUCACUUCAAGUUGCGAUUUGAUCUUCGCGGCUAUGGCCCAGAAGAUAUUCACGUGGAGACAGCAAAUAAUCGCUUGACUGUACACGCAAAGCGAACAACGAAGUCAGGGAAUUCGACCCAAAUGCAGGAAUUUUGUCGUACCGUGUACCUUCCUGAUAAGGUGGAAUCAGAUCAUUUUGUUUCAAACUUAAGUGAAGACGGUAUUCUAACAGUGGAGGCCCCUGUCAAAUCGGAGGAGGUUGGUGCAAUCAAGUAUGAUAAAGACCGUCAGCUGGGUAUUGAACCCACUCCGUCAACCCAUGAUAAGGCCAUACAGCUUAUUGGUAAGCCUGGCGUAACUGUGUUGUCCGGCGAGUCUGGUGGAGGACACGGGCGUCUACACAUAGAAGUCCCCGUCGAAUCCGGCUUCAAAACGGAUGAUUUGCACGUGAGCACCAGCGGAAAUCAUUUGAUUGUUUCCGGGAGACAGGAGAAAGAGGAAGAGAUUGGCUCACAGGGGAAGGGUGUCUAUGUGCGUGAAUUCCAACGUUCUUAUCCAAUACCUCAUUCCGUGGAUCCGUUAUCUUUGCAAGCAAAGCUGUUCGACCAGAAUGACACGUUGGUUGUUGAAGCACCAAUUUUGAACAAAAGUCAAUGA